AUGAGUUUUGUGAGUGGGGGAUGGUUGGUGGGGGUAGGAUUGGUAUGUUGGAGGGGGAGGGAGGGGGGGGAAUAUAAGUGGGGUGGUUGGGUGUGGGGAGGUUGGGGGGUGGAUUAUGGGGUUGAGGGGGUGGGUUUGUGGGGGGGGUGGGUGGGGGUUGGGUGGGGUGGGGUGGGGGUUUGGUGUUUGGUGUGGGUGGGAGGGGUGUUUGUGGGGGUGUGUGAGUGGGGUUUUUGGGGUUUUUAUGGGGGGGGUGGUUGGGGGGGGGUGUUGGGGGGGGGGUGGGGGUGGGGGGGGGUGUGGGGUGUGGGAGUUGGGUGUUGUGGGUUGGGUUGUGUGUGGGUGGGGGGUUGGGGGGGUGUAGUUUUGUGGAUUGUGGGUGGGGUUGUGUGUUGUGGGGGGUUUGGGUGUUGGGUGUUUGGUUGGGUUUGUGUGUUUGAUUAUUGUGUUGGGGAGGGGUUGUUUGGUGUGGGGGGGGGGUGUGGGAGUGGAUGGUUUGGGUGGGAUUGGUUGGUGUUUGAUGGUGGGGGGGGGGUUUUGGGGUUGGUGUGGGGGGGGGUUGGGGUGGGGGAAGUGGUGGUUGGGUUUGGGGUAGGGGGUUGUGUGGUGGGGUGGGUUGGGGGGGGUGGUUGUGGUUGGGGGGGUGGGGGGGGGGUUUUUGUUUUUUGGGGGGGUGGGGUUGGGGGUGGAGGGGUUGGGUUGGUGGGGGGUGUUUGUUUUGUGGGGGUGUGGGUGGGGUGGUGGGGGGUGGGGGGGGGGGGGGGGGUGGUGGGGGUGGGGGUGUUUAGGGGGGGGUGGUUUGGGGGGUUUGGUUGGGGGUUGGUUUGGGGUUUGUGGGUUGUGGGGGGGGGGGGGGGGGGUGGUUUGUUGGGUUGA